AUGGAAACGCUACUUCUCCUUGAGAAGAUCUUCAUAUCGGGUCUGGCGGGUACCUUCCUGCUCUGCCCCCAUUUCGUCUACUCCACAUUUUUCUUUCUGGAUGAACAGGGUGUCUUUGCCGUGCACUUUUGCAUGAACAUUGUGGGUGCUUUUAUGCUCGUUCUCGUCGGUAUGCUCCAUAACUGGGGUCCAACCAAGGAAGAUGAAUUCCAUCAAAUUUUCUUCUUCUUUCACACUAUCGUUUCUGUGAUCUUUUGGAAACUGUACUUUGGAGUCGAUGAAUGGCAGAAAUUCUUUCAGAUCGCCUUUUGGUUCUUUCCAUUCCAUCAUGCGGUUAUGCUGGUGGCUCAUGGUAUCACCAUCAUGUACAAAAGCAAACAAGACGAAAAGGAAUCCAAGAUAUCGUGA